AUGCAAGUGAGCACAACAGGCGGCGGUGGAGGAACCACCGGCGGAGGUGGAGCAAAAGGUUUUGGAGGAGACGGCGAUGAGGAGGCCGGUGAUGGCAGCGAUGAAUCUGAGAAGGAGGGCAUCCUGCUGAGGUGGAAGGGAUGGAGGGAACGCGUUGCAGCCGACCCCUCCUUCCCCUACAAGGUCUUCAUAGAGCAGGUCAUUGGCGUGGGCGCAGCAGUGGUUGGGGACAUGUCAUCUCGGCCCUACUGGGGUCUGUAUGAGCUCGACUUUGUAUUCUCCACCCUUGUGGUGGGGAGCAUCGUCAACUUCUCGCUGAUGUACUUCCUGGCGCCCACAGUCGGAGCCUCGGCAGUCGGCGCCAAUCUGCUGCAGAAGCUGUUCAGCGAGCAGACGCUGCAGGCUCUGGGCGCCCCAGGGGGCCACAUGUUCCAGCCGGGGGCAUUCCCUCUCACCAAGCGCCUCCUGAACCUCGGCUACAAGGGGCUGGUGUUUGCGGUGGUGGGUUUUGCGGCGGGCAUCGUGGGCACGGCGACGAGCAACGGGCUGCUGGCGGUGCGCCAGGCGCUGGACAAGAACUUUGAGUCGCAGAACGAGGCGCCCGACGUGCUGCUUAACGCCGGCACCUGGGCGACCCACAUGGGCAUCUCCUCCAACAUCCGCUACCAGAUCCUCAACGGCAUCGACAUGGUGGUUCAGCCGCGGCUGGGCCCGGGCGGCUUCAAGGUGCUGACGUCGCUGCUGCGCACGGCCAACAACAUCCUGGGCGGCAUCUCAUUCGUCGUCCUCGCCAAGGUCUUUGGCGUCCAGUCAUCCGCCGGCGACCAGAAGAAGUCCACCGCCAAAGCAUCCUCCGGCCCCGUGGCCGCCCUCACAGCCGCCACCAAGUAG